AAUCCCAAAAGUCUUAAUUUUCAAAAAUGGGUUUCUAGUGCUUUCUUUGAAGCUACAUGUGUUUCUCUCUAUAUAUUCAUAAACUUGCCCUUCUUUUUGAACCAAAAGAGAAAUAAAGUUUCAAUUAUGAAAUUUCAUAUAUUACUUACCCUAUUUCUAGUUCUAUUUGUUUCUUUUCUUUCUUCAUCUAAUUGCUAUACUUUCUAUGUUGACUGGGUUUUGCACCCUAAAGAGAAGUACAAUGACUGGGCUGGUAAAAUGAGGUUUCAAGUGAAUGACACUAUCAUUUUCAAAUAUGAAAAAGGAUCAGACUCGGUUCUCUUGGUUCAAAAAGAUGAUUAUGAUAAGUGUGAAAGGAAGCAACCUUUGAUGGAAAUGAACAAUGGAAGCUCUGAGUUUAAGUAUCCUCAUUCCGGUCCAUUUUAUUUCAUUAGUGGGAAAGAGGGGCAUUGCCAAAAGGGUCAGAAAAUGAUCACUGUUGUUAUGGCUGUGAGACAUGGGACUCCAUCCAUUCAUCCACCCACAGCACCUUCUCCCAAGCACCAUGGCCCUGUAACUCCAGGGCCGGCGCACUCCCCCUAUCACCAUGGUCCAGUUGCAAAGCCACCCACAGGAUCAUCUCCGGUUCCUGCUCUGGCUCCUGGUCCUAUUGCAAAGCCUCCCACAGGAUCAUCUCCGGUUCCUGCUCUGGCUCCUGGUCCUAUUGCGAAGUCUCCUACAGCAUUAACUCCAGGUCCAGCACAGUCUCCUUAUCACCAUGGCCCCAUAUCAAAUCCCCCCACUGCAUCAUCACCAGCACCUUAUUCAGGCCCAGCGCUCUCUCCCACCCAUCAUGGUCCUUCACCGUCGCCAACGGCUGAAGGCCCUAUUGCAACACCUCCAUCACCCCAAGCUCCAACUACUCCUGUUUCUUCCCCUCCUGGUGAGGCACCGGUUUCAGGCCCACCGGCACCACCACAGGGUCCUUCGCCUUCUUCUUCUUCUUCUUCUCCUCCUCCAGCUGGUUCUCAGACUCAGACCAGCACUCCACCCGGCGGUUCCCCUCCCAAGUCAUCUGCCACUUCAAUUUAUUCAAGUACAGUGGUUCUUGCAGCUAGCCUCUUGUUCAAUAUGGUAUUCGGUAGUUUAACGUGUGGGUUUUAGAAAUAUCUAAUGUUUUGGUAUGGGAAUUUUUAUAGUUGAUUUUUAAUUUUAGAUUGUUUACUCUUCUUCUUUUUAUUGUUAUGAUGUUUAAUGAUCCAUAUUUGAGUUUGUGUUUCA